AUGACUAUUAAGUUAAUCCAGCACUCUGUCCAGGCACUGCAGACAGCGUUGGUCUCCAAUCAUAAAGAUUUAGCUAGACUUUACAGCAAAUACACAAACUCAGAGAGGCAUGUUCUGGAGGAAGGAUUCAUGUUCCAACCCAUCACAGUCCACUCUGACUCAGACUGGAUCUCAGCUCACCCUGAGGAGCAUCAAGACUUUGAGAGUUUCUUCAGAGACCCUUCCCGCAAGACCCCAAAUGCAAGCCACAAUACUAUUUACAUUCAAACCAUAGGUUCCUUUGGCGAGGCGGGGGCUCAGACGGAUCAGUGUGUGGAGUGGCUCAGAGAAUACUGCCAGGCCUUCUUCUAUGGGCUUUCUGUCAAGUUACUGCCGGCGGUUACUGUGGCUGAAACAAAAUGCUCCUUCAGGGUGAACAGCGACUCCCACAACCUUCAGAUCCUCACCGGUGACCUGCUACAGUUCCUGCGGAGUAGAAAACCAGCAGAUGCUUUCUGCAUUGUUGGGAUCACAAUGAUUGACCUCUACCCCAAAGACUCCUGGAAUUUUGUUUUCGGACAAGCUUCUCUCAGUAACGGAAUGGGAGUUUUCAGCUUCUCCAGGUAUGAUGACAGCUUCUACAGCAGCAGUUAUGCAGGGAGUAGCCGGGUUGUGAAGAACAGGUUUCACCCAAAGCAGGAGAACUACUCUGUGUUUGACGGUUAUUACACCCCCCCCCCCCCCCCCCCCCCCAUCACCAGCUCUCUGCUGCUUCGAUCCUGCAAGACAAUGACCCAUGAGAUUGGCCACAUGUUUGGGUUGAAGCAUUGCCAGUGGCUGAGCUGUGUGAUGCAGGGCUCCAACCACCUGGAGGAGUCUGACCGCCGCCCGCUGGACUUCUGUCCCGUCUGCCUUCGCAAGCUACAGGUCGCCAUCGGAUUCAAAAUAGCUGACCGAUACAAGGCCUUAGUGCACUGGAUGGAGGUGGAUCAAACACCGGAGUCCUCCACCUGUCAGUCUCUGCUCCACUUUCCCAAACCAACAGAAGCCUUUCAGACCUCCAGACUGUGGCUGCACAGGUGCCUGGACAUACUGCGGGAGUAA